AUGGUUGACGUGGACCGGAGGAUGGCCGGUCUGAACCCGGCCCAUAUGGCCGGCCUCCGCCGCCUCUCUGCUCGCGCCGCCGCGUCGGCCCCCUCCACGCCCCUUCCCCCUCGCAACAGCCUCUUCUCCUUCACCCCCCUCGCGGACAAGGUAAUCGCCCACCUCAAGGACUCCGGCGUCCCGGUCCGGCCCGGCCUGACGGAACCGGAGUUCGCCGUGGCCGAGGCCGAGUUCGGCUUCGCCUUCCCGCCGGACCUUCGGGCCGUCCUCUCGGCCGGCCUGCCCCUGGGAGCCGGCUUCCCCGACUGGCGGUCCUCCGGCCCGGCCAGACUCCACCUCCGGGCCUCCAUCGACCUCCCCAUCGCUUCCAUCUCCUUCCACAUAGCCCGAAACGCACUCUGGUCAAAAUCAUGGGGCCCGAGGCCGUCCGACCCGGAAAAAGCCAUGAAAAUAGCCCGAAACGCCCUGAAACGGGCCCCGCUUCUGAUACCCGUUUUCAACCACUGCUACAUCCCCUGCAACCCUUGCCUCGCCGGAAACCCUGUCUUCUUCGCCGGGUGGAGCUCCGACGAGGUGUCGGAUGCUUUGGGGUUCGAUUUCCGGCGGGAGAAGGUGAAGAAGCCGGCGAUAAAGUUGUCACCGGAGCUGGCGGAGAGGAUCGGAAAAUUGGCUGAAGCGGUGGACCGGUCGUCGUCGUCAUCAUAG